AUGGUGGACUACUGGGUCUCUCGAGAGCGGCGUUGCUGCAAGUACUGCAACGUGUGGAUGCCAAGUGACAAGACUAGCAUCAAGCACCACGAACAGGGUCGGAAGCAUAAGGAAAAGGUCGAAGAAGUGCUCGAACUCAAUCGCCGGACUAAACUAGAUGCUAAAAAUGCACAAAAGGAGAUCCAGAACCAGUUACAGCGGAUUGAAGAGGCCGCACAUGCCAAAUUUGAACAAGAUCUGGUCCGUUGCAGCACAAAAGCUCAGGUUUCUACUUCUGGACAGACCGUUGCGUCUUCUCUACCUCCUUUCAGACCAACUCAAAUUAAAGCGGUUUCCUGCUUUGUUAAACACCGCAAUGAGGGGGAUGCAGUGUCAGUGACACGACUAGAGCAUCGACAGCCAUGGGCUCGUGGAGCUUUGGAUCGAUUAAAUUCAAAGGAGAACGAGGAAGUUAACGAAGAAGAAGAAGAAGAAGGAGUGGAAGAACAGGACGAUAAGGGCGUGUACGCGGUGAAAGGCAUUGUGUAUCUAGAAGGCAAAAAGCACGAGACCCAGCUGGACUCUGGGAGUGCGUGUCAGAUAUGGGUCGAAGAACAAGAGCAGUGGCUAGAUGCUCUUGUGGAACAGGCUACGGUGCAUACAAUCUUGAACACCGAGUUGAGCUUCAGACGCUUUACGAUUGCUUACAUGUCGCCGUCGUCACAACAGUGUGCCGAAAAUGAAGACAAGCGGAAGCCAGUCACUGAACAUAAUGUACUAGCAGACCGCUUGCGGAUUCCGUUGCCGGCAAACGUGACGCUAGAAGCUGCCGAGAAAAUGGUGGAGCGAUGGCGUAACCACGGAGCAGCAGAAUCACCAACGUGGACACCUGUCGUGAUCGAUGAAACGACAGGCAUGGGCGAAUGGAAUACAGUGGAAGUGCGGCAAAUCGACGAAAGUUUAGAGGCUGUAGCACAACGUGAGAAGGAAGCGGAAGCCGAGACAGCACGUCGUAACGAAGAGCAGCAGUGUCUCGAGUCGUUAGAGAAUCUUUCUUCACAAGGAGACAAUGCACUGGGUGCAUUCAACCCAUGGGGAGGUACUUACAAGGGCCUGAACCUUGACAGUAAUGCUGAUGCAACUGCGCCUGGCCAUGUAGCAUCAAGUAGUAAAGAGAUGGCAAGCGGGUCAAACGUCAGCUUCAAGAAGCGCGGUCAAAAGAAGCAGAAACGUCGGAGGAUACACACUGAUGAAGACGAGUAA